GGCCUCCUGAGGGCGGUGCACAAGAUGGCAGUGCGCCGAAGGCGGCGGAGCCUGAGCCUUGAGUUCUAGCGCGGGGCUGGGGCUGGAGACGGUGUUCGCUCACCCACUCACUCACCCAGGUGACUUGGGCUGUCGGGGCUGCUCCGCCGGGCCCCUGGAGGUGUGAGGCCCGCUUGGUGCUGUUCGGGUCCCCACUGCCUCCCUAGCCCUGCCCCAGGCUGGAACCUAAGAAAGGUCGGGCGGCUGCCCCGCCUAUCCUUGCCUCGGGGCGGUCUCUGUGAGUGACUCACUCUGAAAAUUGACUUUUACCACGUGCGGGUUCCAUGGCUGCUUUGCAGGCGUCCGGAGAGAGGAUUAACAUCCAGGCGGGAGAGACAGCCAAGGUCGGUGACAGGGAUUCGCUGGGGAAUGACAGGCCCGAGCCGGACAGGCCUCCCCAGCGCUCCCGCCGGCAGCAGUGCGCUUCCUACGUGCUGGCCCUGAGGCCCUGGAGCUUCAGCGCCUCGCUCACCCCGGUAGCCCUGGGCAGCGCCUUGGCGUACAGAUACCACGGCGUCCUGGAUCCUAGGUUGUUAGUGGGUUGUGCCGUCGCUGUCCUGUCUGUGCAUGGGGCCGGCAAUUUGGUCAACACGUACUAUGACUUUUCCAAAGGCAUUGACCACAAGAAAAGUGAUGACAGGACGCUAGUGGACAGAAUCUUGGAGCCCAAGGACGUCGUUCGGUUCGGAGUCUUCCUUUACACCUUGGGCUGCAUUUGUGCUGCUUGCCUGUUCUACUUGUCCCCUCUGAAACUGGAGCAUUUGGCUCUCAUCUACUUUGGAGGACUGUCUGGCUCUUUUCUUUACACAGGAGGAAUUGGAUUCAAGUAUGUGGCCCUGGGAGACCUCGUCAUCCUCAUCACUUUCGGCCCUCUGGCCGUGAUGUUCGCCUACGCUGUCCAGGUGGGGUCGCUGGCGAUCUUCCCUCUGGUCUAUGCCAUCCCCCUGGCUCUCAGUACUGAGGCCAUCCUCCAUUCCAACAACACCAGGGACAUAGAGUCCGACCGGGAGGCCGGCAUCGUCACGCUGGCCAUCCUCAUCGGCCCCACCUUCUCCUAUGUGCUCUACAACACGCUGCUCUUCCUGCCCUACCUGAUCUUCAGCAUCCUGGCCACGCACUGCAGCAUCAGCCUGGCGCUGCCUCUGCUCACCAUCCCCAUGGCCUUCUCCCUCGAGAGGCAAUUCCGCAGCCAGGCCUUCAACAAGUUGCCCCAGAGGACGGCCAAGCUUAACCUCCUGCUGGGGCUUUUCUAUGUCUUUGGCAUCAUCCUGGCCCCGGCGGGCAGUCUGCCCAAACUCUGAGGGCACCGGCAGCCCCUGCAUAAAAGCACUCUCCACCCCCUAGAUUGUACUGAACCCAGAGUUCCCAAUGAGGGACUGUGGCUUGGCAGGGUGAGUCAUACGUAUGGGUGUGAAUCCUGCCUUUUUAUAUUAUUAUUAUGUUCUUAAAGAUAAUCUGCUUUGCUUUUGUUUUCCCGCAUCAUGGAGAAUCUUGAAACUACUCUGCAACCAGAAGUGAUUGGGCUCAUGGACCUUGUUUUAUUUAUAAUUUCCACUAGAGGGUGUUGUCAGGUCACUUCAAAGUUGAGUGGACUGGAUUCCUGCUUGCUUCAAGCAGAAUGGUGAAAAGUGUCGAGCAGGAGCUUCCGGGUUGGCCUCCUGUCCUGACGGAGCCAUAUUAGCAAAGUGCAGUGUCAUCCUGAUAGCUUGGCAAAAGUAGUAAUUGGUUCUAGACCCCAUUAACAUGGGCAGCGCCUGUCUCUUACUCAGCACUGGUGUCCCGAAAUAUGCUGCUGGAGAGAGAAAGUCCCUCAUUAACAGCCUUGGGCAGCUCUAGGGUUUCUGCCUAAACUGCGAUGCAGACACAUUUGUCCUUUAUCUCUUUCACUGCUGGCAUAGUUGAGUGUCAGAUUGCCCUGCAGCAAGAUGGGGCUGGGAGGAAGAAACCCCACCCUGGAGGCAGCUGAGGCGACCACUUGCUUUUGGGAGAAAUUAGCAGAGUAGCUUUUUCCAUGUGAGGACUCUACCAGGAUGAUGGGAAGGAUUCCCAGCCCUUUCAGUAACUGUCAGGAGCCUCAUAACUGCAGAGGCACUGCCCUCCUCGCAGGGUACUGACAGUCCGCAGGGCGCUUUCCUCCCAGUCCUUCUCCUAAUGCUCCCCUGUCUACCCCGUACCUGUGUCCCUCUGCUUUGUUCCCAUGUGUGUUUUCUGUUGUGGAGCUAGCUCCUGGGGCAGGGACAAUGCCACUUUCCACAGAGCCACGGAGUGGGCAAUGCAGAAACCCGGGGAACGUACAAGCCAGCAGACCACAACCCUGCCAGUGGAGGAACUGGCUUCGUCCUUGGAGAUGGACAUGCAAUACAGGCUGUGCCCCUCUAGGCUGUGACCUUGUGCAGACAACUGAGGGCUUCGGUGAGGUCGCACCCGGAGGGGCUGCAGCUUCGAGCAUACUGCUUUUUAUUGGAACUUCUGGGCUCCGAUGGCUCAGGUGCUUUUGGUCCAAGACUGAAAUAGAUGGAGAUGGUCAGAUGGUCAGACAGUCAUCCGUGUACUUUUCUGUUGCAGUUGGCCAUUCUGGUGGCCUCGGCAGGCAGUCUGCCCAAACUCUGAGGGCACUAGCAGCUCCCUGCAUAACAGCACUCCCCACCCCCCAGAUUGUACUGAACCUGGAGUGAUCCAGGCCUUGGCGUCCAGAACAUGACAUAAAAACUCAUUGUUAAGCCUUUAGGUAACCAGGCUGCUUACGAUGUGGCUCCUUGAGCUAGAGUUGGUCAGCCUAACCUGAGAGCAGCGUAUUUGGAAAUUGCAAAAAUUCCUCUAAAUUGGGGUGAUUUGUCUACCGUACAGUGAGGCCCCUGGAGCAGUGCGCAGAGGCCUGAGGCCAAGGAAGGAAGGCCAAGCCUCCUCUCCUGCCCUUCUGGCACCAUUUUUAUUUCCUGCCAGGCUAGAGUCACUUUGGUGCUCAUGGGGGUCCGGGCUCAGUGAAGCUUCUCUGGCCUCUGCUGCAAGCUGGCCGCUGUCCCACGGGGCUCACCCAGAGGCUGGGGGAGCAGGGCCUCCUAGUGUGCACUGAUCAGGCCCACCUGGAGGCUGCUGCCACCAUAAUCAGCUGCUGUACGGGGCUCCUGUGCAGAUUUUAAUGCAUAUUUUUUUAUAUCUAAAUGAUUCCAAAAGGCUGUAUUUGAUGCCAGAUUUUAUAUGCAGGCCACCAUGAUUUAUAUUAUGUCCCCUGAUUUCAUGAAGAUUUUCUCUAUACUUGUUAAUUAAAAAAAAUGUCAUCAGUGGUCUGGUUUCCAGUUCUUUGCUUUCCUCAUGUUAUUGUCAGAUUGUGAGCUCUGAUGCAUAAAUCUUCAGACCACCAGGGCAAGGACACUGGGACAUGUUGGGUGGGCACAAGGCACAUGAUCUUUGAUGAUGAACUUGGAUAGGGUUUGGGGGAUUUGAGAGGCUCUCCGAAGAAAGCAGGGACCACUUAGAGCCCAGCCGUGUCAGGCUGCAUUGACCUCCUUUUUCCUUCUUUCUCCUUUCAUUUUUUUCCCUCUAGGGUCACUGUGUUGAUAGAUUGAGAACCAGAGCAGAUUGAGUACAUCUGAGUUUCAGCUAGGCAUUUGACAAUAUGUCCUUCCGAACAAGGCAGAUAGGCGGCACGGUUAGCAGUGGAGUUAGAUAAAUCCCUGGGAGAUGGAUGAGCUGUGGGAGAGUGAUGACCAGUGUGUCAGCUCGCCCGGGAAGGAAGCCUCGGGCAGCAUACACGGGCCCUGCCCUCUGCCCUUGGCAAAGGAAGUGAGAUUCUUGACACCUGUUAUUAAGGCUGGGAAUGAGGCAGCCCAAAUUGCAGGCUUCAUGAACCUUGGAGGAAGAGCUUAUAAAAUGACUGGCAAUUAGGGUGCUCAUAAAUCAGAAGGCUGCUUUGCUGGGUCAGAGAGAAAAAUGAGUAUGAAUAAAACCAGAAGAAUAUACUUGGGUCCCCAAAAUAGUGUGUGUUGGGAGGCGAGCUACUGAUGGUAUCACAGCUCACCUCUGUCUCUGAAGUAGUUUUUUAUUUUUAUUUUUAUUUUGGCUGGC